AUGUGUGAGCUGCAUGUCUUUCGCGGCCACCAACCGUCCCAGACAGGGUUUAUCAUGGGCCACGAGUUCACCGGAGAGGUGACCGAGGUUGGAUCCGAAGUACGACUCUUCCGCCCUAGCGACCAGGUAGUCUCGCCUUUUACAGUCAGUUGUGGAGUCUGCUUUUAUUGUGCUCGUGGAUUUUCAUCACGUUGCUCUAGCGGCAAGCUUUUUGGCACUACUGUACUAGACGGAGGACAAGCCGAGUAUGUGCGGAUUCCCCUAGCUGACUCGACACUUUUCCACGCUCCGUCAACCAUCGAUCAGAAGAAGCUAGUAUUAAUGGCCGAUAUCUUCCCCACUGGUUACUUUGCCGCAAAAAACGCAUUUCGCGGCCUGAAGGAAGAUACAAUCCGCCAAAGUACAGUGCUUCUGUUCGGAUGUGGGCCUGUAGGGAUCUGUGCGCUAAUCAGUGCUCUUGAGUAUCAACCGAAGCAUCUGAUAGCUAUUGAUAGUGUCCCGUCUCGACUUGCACUUGCGAGUCAACUUGGAGCUGAAGCGUGGGACUUCCAGAAGAACGAGCAAGGACUCCGACAGCGCGUGAAAGAACUCACCGAGGAGCGGGGAGCGGAUGUGGCUAUUGAAGUAGUCGGCCACAGCAGUGCCUUACGGAUGGCCUUCGAAAUGCUACGAGCAUGGGGCCAAUUAUCGAGCGUUGGAGUCCACAAUGGCUCCAUUCCAUGGACAGGAAACGAGGCUUACGGAAAGAAUCUGUACCUGCAAAUGGGACGGUGCCCAGUCCGAAGUAUCUUUGGCCCGGCAAUGAGCUUACUAGAAAAGAAACAAGAUGUGCUGGAAUUCAUGACGUGUGAUAUACGCCCACUAUCUCAAGCCGUCCAAGCUUACGAUGAUUUCAAUCACGCACGAUGCCAAAAGGUCAUCUUCGAGGCAGGCAAAUAA